UGCGCCGAGAUGUGCCGCCGCUGCGCCCCGGCCGCCGCCGCCCGCCCGCAGGUGCUGCGGCUCCUCGGCCGAAGGUUCGCGGAGCUGCACGCCGCCGUGCCCGGCCUGCCCCUGGCGAGCUCCAGGCUCCUGCCCGGCAUCGUCCUCCGCAGGGACUUCGCUGUCUACUGCCCGACGGACGGGCAGCUGCGGGCCCUGCUCGUCACCGAGCCCCUGCGGCCCGCCCUGACGGCCCCCGGCGUCGAGUUUGUCGUAGACUCCGAAGGUCAGUAUCAGGCUUCCCUGCGCUGGAUCACCGACAGGACAGAAGCCUUAAUGAAACGCUUGCAGAGUAACGACGUGAAGCUGUUACUGUCGAGUGUGAAGCAAGAAGAAGUAGUUAUCUACUAUGCCAAAUUAUACGGUGUGUCUGUGGUAGAGUGCUUAUCGGCAGAAGAAGUGGCCCUUAUCAGGGAAAUCACCGGUGUCUCCCCUUACACACCUUUCGGUGAUAACAUGGACAGAGAAAUAACCGAAACUGCGGUGGUAACGUUUUGCCAGCCCCUGCUGCUCGUCUCCAAGAGAUGCGUCCACAUUGGCUUCAGCAGUGUGUGUGCCUUCCAGCCCCACUGCCUGAUCCUUUGUGGGCCGGUGGAUGGUGUUAAUGAGCAGCACGCUGCUGCUGUACAAGAGGCGUUCACAAUGCUGCAGCAGCUGUUUAAAACAGUUCAUCAGAGGGAGGAAUGGAAAGCAGAAGGUGAAAGCCAGAGCAAAGCCUUAGAUGUUUGCACUUUGCAUUCUUCAGCUACUCAGAAACAACUGGUAAUAGAAAAUACUUGUAAUAGUAACCAGGUUUCUGAAUGUCAGUUGAAAGCACUUGGUGAUGAAACAGAGAGAGAAGUUUUAGACCCUGAUAAAAGUGAUCUGCUGGUCCACAAUCAAAAGAACCACAGCACUCCUGCGUUAGUGGCGUGUAACACUGAUACAGUCACUGCAUGUGAGUGCCUGGGUAUUGACAGAGAUCCAGAGAAAACGUGUUGCCAUACAUUUCCAUUUAAACUGGAGGAGAGUUGUGCAGGUAUUGCACAAGAUUAUGCCAACUGCCUCAUACAAGCAGGAUCAGUUUUGCCGGUAGGAGGUUACUUUGAAAUCCUGUUACAUUAUUAUAUUCAGGACUAUGCAAAGCAGUGUCAGCAGUCAGAGGUAGUCAUUGUAUCUAACAUCGUUGCUGAUGCUUUGCUAAGUAUUCCCAAGGCCUUGUACCAGACAGCAGAACGAGAUGGCUUUACCAAAUUCUAUCUUGAAACCAUUAAUCUACUCCAAAAAAAUCAGCCACUGCCUGUAAACGAUGAAGGCUUAGAGUCAGUGUAUUGCAAAUACCAGUUAGUCAUUUCAGUUCUUCAUUGUGUUACAGAGCUUCUCUCCAUAGACUUAGUAAUUGGUAUUAAGCGGCCACUCCAGAAAAUUGAGGAUCAUGACUCAGAAGAUGACUCUUGAAAUUGUUAAUAAAGAUUGAUUUUGAUUAUGUGUUGUUUCCCUAUGUUUUCUUGCCAAAUGGACACCCUCAAAAGUCAGUGCUAGAGACUAAAAGAUGCUUCUUCUCAGAAGAUAAUAGCUAACUAGCUGAGACUGUGGAAAAGUGGGUUGUAAACAACAUGAACUUGACAUUUUGAGUGUGAGGAAGUGUAGCCAAUUUCCACUGCAGAACAUGGGCAGUGCAGUCUCCAUCCACAUGCUGAGGAUCCUGUGUACAUUCAAGCCAAAGGUCAACUUCGCCUCUUCUGGUGGAUUGAGUAUUUUCACAAGCUAGAUGCUAGAUUUGUUUUCUUGGCAUGUUAAAUUUUGCCACCAUGGCAGAGCCACUGGACUUUCAAGUUACAAACCUAGGGGUG